AUGGACAAGGAUCAGUCAGAUUACGCAGUACUGUUGAUAACAAAAUACUCGAAGCUUCUUACCUCAGACAGUAAGACAAUGGACACACCGCAAUUUCCUGUCGACAGAAGUCAAGACAAGACCCGAAAAAGACGAGCACACCAAAAGUCGAGGACUGGCUGCGGAACCUGCCUCAUUCGACGUGUCAAAUGCGACGAGACUCUGCCCGUCUGCCAACGCUGUGUCAAAUUUGGUGUCCGUUGUGAGGGGUACAGGGACCCUCUACGCAAGGGAGAACGCAAGAUUGAUCCCCGAUCGACCAAAGAUGCCCCUAUAGCCAUGCGAACAUCGAAUCAAAGUCCAGAAACAGACUUUCGAACAAUUGUCGCCUCAACUGCGAUCUGCAGGGCCCCGCCGCGUUCUCUUUUCAAAAAUGAGCAAGAAUAUCGAUAUUUCGACGUCUUCACUUCUCAGAUUGCCAGCCAGCUGACUGGUUUAUUUCCCUCGAGCCUCUGGAACUAUCUUGUACUCCAAGCCUGCGAGAGUAACUCGUCGAUUCGGCAUGCAGUCAUAGCGAUUGGGGCUUUGGAUCCCAAAACGUGGAGAGGUCGUGCGAAAUCCCCCGAGGAGAAUCUACGACGCCAGUUUGCAUACAACCAAUACAGCAUGGCGAUUGGGGAUAUGAGGAAGGCGAUAUCGAAGAAAGCCCUGGAUUUGAGAACAAGGCUUGUUGCCUGCCUUCUGUUCAUCUGCUUCGAGAUAUACCACUUCAACAGAUCAUCUACGGUCCCCCAAAUCCGAGCAAUGAAUUUUUUGCUCAAAGACAAAAAACGCGAGGGGGUUAGCUCUCAUGACCUAAAGAUUGAUGAAGAAAUUGAGGAAGCUUUCCAGGAGCUGGAAACACAAUCGCUUGUUUAUGACUGCUCUAGCUCUCACCUGAGCCAGGAGCAAAUUCUUACUUGCCGCCAGAUAACAAGGAAAAAGUUUCAACAAGAAUUUGUUAGCAUGCGCCAGGCUCGAUCUGCGCUCUGCCUCCUAGAAGUGCGCCAAUACCAUUGGUCAGGCUCUUCUGGGUAUGAGUGGCCGUGGUAUUUAGCUUCCCCAACGAUGGGAUCUACGAUCGAUCCACCUCCUAACGAGUACACCUCAAACGAAGAGUGGUGUGCAGAGCGGGAAAGGAGGUUCGAAGAAUAUGCAGUCUGGUCGAAUGCUUUCCAACCUCUCUUACUUCAAGCUCGGAGAGCGAACGAUCCUUUCGAAUUGAGGCGUGCCACAAUCCUCAGGGCCAUGUUCCUCUCCGCAUACCUCUCACUUAUGGUUCCCAUGUUGAGUCCACUGGAAGCUUACUACGGCCAAACAACUAAGCUGAAAGAGCUCAUGGACUUGAUUAAGUCACUCUUAGCCACCGCUUCUAGUGAUGAUAGUGGGUUCUCCAUGGAGAUGAAUUUUGUUAUACCUUUGAGCAGAAUUUGUUAUCGGUUCCGGCAUCGCGCGCUGAGGCAAGAAGCGAUCAGACUUCUCCUUUCUUACCCUAGACGAGAGGGUCUGUUUGAUGGUGUGCUUAUCGGGAGGUAUUCGCAGUGGCUGGCUGAGAUUGAGGAGGAGGGUUUGAGAGAUGACGAGGAAUAUGUUCCGCACAAAUUUGUGAAUACCACGAUGGAGGUUGACAUCGAUACGGCUAACAAGACGGCGAAGUUGACGGCUUUCAAGAAUGUCAGAAAUGAUCCCAGCAAGAUGGAAAAGAGAGAAACUGUGAUUCACUGGUGA